CAGGCCCCACUUUGACAGAACGGUCCAAUCCAAAGAAAAAAAAAAAAAGCUUUACAAGUUGGUUUCUCUGGUUUUCCUUGUCCAGCUCCGGGUUUACUUUCUAUCCAAUCAACCGGGAAAAUCAGCAAAAAGAUGGCGUCUUGGAAUUCAAUUCCACUGGAAAUCACAUAUGAAAUAUUGGGUUGGCUUGCGUUUUUCUCAUGGUCGAUUAGUUUCUAUCCUCAAGUCAUCUUAAAUUUUCGAAGAAAAAGCGUUGUGGGGUUGAACUUUGAUUUCGUGGUGCUGAAUUUGACAAAGCACUCCUCUUAUAUGAUUUACAACGUUUGUCUCUACUUUAGCCCCGUUAUUCAGAAGCAAUACUUUGAGAAAUAUGGCUAUGGACAGAUGAUCCCUGUAGCUGCUAAUGAUGUUGCGUUUUCUAUACAUGCUGUUUUAUUGACAUCUAUAACUUUGUUCCAAAUCAUGAUUUAUGAUCGUGGAUCUCAAAAGGUUUCUAAGAUUUCUAUUGGAAUUGUCUCUGCUGUGUGGUUAAUUGCUGCCAUUUGUGUUUUCGUAGCAUUGCCUAGCCAAUCAUGGCUUUGGUUGAUCUCCAUCUUUAACUCAAUACAAGUUUUCAUGACGGUGAUCAAAUAUAUUCCCCAGGCAGUAAUGAACUUUGCACGAAAGAGUACAGAUGGGUUCAGCAUUGGAAACAUUUUGCUUGAUUUUAUUGGAGGAUUGGCAAAUUAUGCACAGAUGGCCGUACAGUCUAUAGAUCAAAAUUCUUGGGUGAACUUUUAUGGAAAUAUAGGGAAGACAUUGCUUUCUUUGGUAUCUGUAUUCUUUGACAUUAUUUUCAUGUGUCAACAUUUCGUGUUAUAUCCUACCAAGAAAGCAACCAUUGCUUCUAAACUCGAACGAGAGGGCAAGGAGCCACUUGUCAAGUCUUCUGAUCAACCAGCGUUAGAAAAUGUGUAAGGAUAGCAACACAGAAGUAUUAGACAAUGCGUUAUAUUUGCAGGAAAAACAAUUACAAUAAAAUAAUUUAAAAUCAUUCAAUCUUUUUUCUUUGUUUUCCCAAGUUGGGA